AUGGAGGGAGAUUCUGUCACUCUAAACACUGAUGAUACUGACAUACAGAGAAAAGAUCAGAUACUGUGGAGAUUUGGACACAAGGACAUUCUCAUCGCUCAAAUCAACAGAAAGAACAAUAAGAGCAGGUUUUAUGGUGAUGAUGCUGAUGGGAGAUUCAGAGACAGAUUAAAGCUGGAUCAUCAGACUGGAUCUCUGAGCAUCACAAACACCAGAACCACAGACUCUGGACUUUAUAAAAUAACCAGCAGCAGAACAGAGACGCCGCUCAACACAUUCAAUCUUACUAUAUAUUCUGAUAUUCAUCUACCCAUUCCUGUCAUCACCAUUUACUCUCCACAACAUCCUUCAUCAUCAUCUUCAUCAGGAUCGUCAGUGUCCAAAUGUGCGUUUCUGUGUUCAGUGUUAAAUGUGGGUCAUGUGACUCUCUCCUGGUACAAAGGAAACAGUUUAUUGUCCAGCAUCAGUGUGUCUGAUCUCAGCAUCAGUCUCUCUCUACCUCUGGAGGUGGAAUAUCAGGAUAAAAACACCUACAGCUGUGUGCUCAACAAUCCCAUCAGC